GUCAGUGUGGUGUACGGCAUUAUGGGCGUUUUCCUGGUAAAAUAGUUGACGGACAGACAGCAGUUAAGAACAGUUGGCCUUGGCAGGUACAAAUCCUAACUCGCUAUGGUACCCAUCAUUGUGGUGGUUCGUUACUGAAUGCUCAGUGGGUCUUGACAGCAGCGCACUGCGUUGGAGGAAGCAGCAAAGACAAGGGUUAUCGCAUAAAGCUCGGUGAACAUCACAUUCAUAGAAACGAUAAGACAGAGCAACAGUUCUCCGUUUCACAAAUUAUUGUACAUCCUAGAUACGAUAGACAACAAUACAACAACGAUAUAGCUCUUUUAAAGCUAAGUCGUCCAGCUAGUCUAAACAAAGCGGUGAACACAAUUUGCCUCCCUUCUCAUGGUGUUAGCGUACGACCUGGAAAAACCUGCUACAUCACUGGCUGGGGAAGGACUGGGUCCUUGAAACCAGGGUCUGUCGUCCUUCAAGAAGCUAUGAUGCCUUCGGUUACCCAAAAGAAAUGUGCGGAAGCAAUGGGAAAGUAUGGAACAAUAACAACCUCCAUGCUUUGUGCUGGGUAUGGUGGAAGCAGCACGGUCAGCGGAUGCAUGGGUGACUCGGGAGGACCCCUCGUUUGUAAAGGAACUAAUAAUAAGUGGGUACUACAAGGGGCAGUCAGCUGGGGAACCAGAACUUGCAGUGCUGGCUACAAUCAAUACACUGUAUUUGCAAGAAUUAGCGAGUUUGUGAACUGGAUUCGUUUAUACAUUGGUUCUGGUGUACCACAAACCCCGCCACCCCCUGUAACACCGCCUACAGCAGGACCAGAGGUCACUCCACCCCCGCCCGUUACCCCUCCUACAGAUACUUCAACACCAGCCACUCGUAAAAGCACCCCUUCAUCAGGWACAACGCCCGCAUUGACACCCUCACCUAAACCGUGCGURUCUCCUAAGCCUCUUGGAAUGCAAGACAAACGKAUUCCUGAUAGUGCGAUAUCAUCAUCCACACAGGUCAACAGAUGGCACAGUGCUCGUGAAGCUCGUUUACAUCACAAACCAGGUGUAACAGGGGUGGGAGCAUGGUGCUCUCGUGAUCUGGACACCAGGGAAUAUCUGGAAAUUKAUCUCGGGGCUAAGGUUACUGUUACUGGUGUUGCAACUCAAGGUAGAGAGAGUAAAACCCCAAAGUUCGUUAAAAGUUAUGUUUUAUUGUACAGUGAUGAUGGCAACUCGUGGAUUCAACACUCAACGGUAUUCACGGGGAAUAUAGAUAUGUCAACUGUGACAACUAAUUCAAUAUCUCCACCAAUCAGCGCUCAAUAUAUACGAAUUAAUCCUCAAACAUGGAAAAAUCAUAUCUGUAUGAGGGCUGAGUUGUAUGGAUGUCCAGUGAUUCCUACCACAGUUACUCCAACCACUACCAACGUUCCGACAUCUACAAGYCAACCAAAGACUAACACAACAGUUACACCAACCCACAAACACAAAUCUACCACCACCAAUUCAAAGACAACACAACCAACWCAAACUCCCCUGCCUUCUACUCCACCAACACAAACAUCACAACCACCCACAUCGCGGCGCACAGUACGUCCACAAAAUACUACYGACGCUCAACGAACAACACACACUAAUACACCCAAACCUACUACUGACUCACAGACAACACAACAACCUACACAACCUUCCUUACCUCCUACCCCACCAUUACCAACAACACUACCACCCACAGUAAAUCCAGGAAUCCAGACCAUUCCACCAAACCCAAUUGGUAUCAAAUGUAAAGACAGUCAUGGAAAUUGUGCUACUUGGGCAAAGGAGGGAAGGUGCUCCACCGACGACUAUGUUAAAAGGAAUUGCUUGAAAAGCUGUAAAUCAAAAUACUGCGAUAAUGAGCCCGUGAGACCUUUUGCUCCAUGCUCGAAUCGUCUUGGAUUAGGAUGGGACAACAGACUACCUGACUCGGCUUUCACUGCCUCAUCAGAACUUAACAUCGGAUCCUGGGAUUACGGCGCCCGCAAUGCACGAAUGUACAUUGAAGACGAUCACACUCAGAAGCGAGUUGGAGCCUGGUGCGCUGCAUCUAGUAAAGACCAAUGGCUUCAGGUGGACUUGGGAACUAAGACUUACAUCACAUCUGUAGCAACUCAAGGUCGACACAAAUACUUCGAGCACGUCAAAACGUUUAAAUUGUCUCACAGUAUUGAUGAAACUAACUGGGUGUAUGUCCAAGACGGCGCUGGAUCCGAAAAGGUGUUUACGGGUAACUGUGACCACUUCACUCCAGUAAUUAACAGACUACAAGGAGCUGUACAAGCUCGUUACGUCAGGUUUCAYCCUGUGGAAGCGAACUACGUAUGCAUGCGUGUAGAAAUCUAUGGUUGUACAUGAACAGUGUAAAAAAUUGAUAUAAACAUGAUUUUAAUAGUGGGGUUUUACUAAUAAAUGAUCUUUUAAUAAAA